GAUGUAAACAAUACAUCCUUCGGAUUAUGCCUUAGACCGAGCACUACAAUGUCGAAAGGUCCAGAAGCUCGAGAACCAGCUACGAAUAGCUUAUCAUUAGGAGCUUCGAACGCAGCCGGUACAGGUGCUGUAGCGGAUCGUGCAGACGAGAAUAGCACUCCUUCGUCGCUGAGACACCAGCGGUUGAUUGAGAUUUUCCAGAGAUCACUGCAAGCUAGCACGAAAGCUCUUACGUUUGAGAAGCUCGCACAGUGUUAUCCUUAUGUUGCUGAACACGGUCAAGCUGGUUUACGGGAAGCGCUAAACCAAGCCAUGAAAUUUUGGGAUUCGAGCUCGACGCGGGAGUUUUACGCGAUUUUAGAAGAGCGAGAUGUUGCCACCAAACUGGCCGAGUUGGAACAGUUAAUAACAGAAGCGCGGGAUCGCAAACAGCGAGCAGAGCAGGCUUCGUCUGCUCAAGACGAUGCUGCUGCCGCCAACGGGGUCAGCGAAGAUGUUGAAAUGGCCGGCUGUGAGAAACAGGUUUAUAUUGAGAGUUUAACACCAGAAGACAUUGUGAAGUCUCAUUUGAUUCCUGUUAAUCUGAAGGAAGCAGAGGCUUUAGAAGGACGUAUACAAGAGGUCCAGUCUGCAAACAGAAAGAUUUUACAAAAGAUUGAGAGCCAAGAAAAGGAGAUUGAUGAUUUGUUUGGCCGAAUUACAAAGUCACUCGAUGACUUACAGAAGGCCGCUAGCGAGACAGACGGAUUGCCUGAUCAGGCCGAGCUGUUUAAUAGCAUUGACGAAAUCAACAGUCUUGUGGAACGAUGAAGUGAACAACGUUCGCUAUCACCACCUGUUUUUUUGUCCGGAUUUGUACGAUAAUGCGCUUAAUAAUGAUA